AUGCCUCGAAGUCCUGAGUCCGACGAUGAUGACGCCCCGGAAGCCGUGCCGAUGGCAGUGGCCAAGUCCAAGGCGUUGGCUUCCCGCGAAUUGGAGAAGCAUGCGCACCAAUCCGCCAAAGCAGCCGCAGUGUUGAAGCGGAAGCGACACGUUGAGCCCAUCGCUGCGUUGCCCGCCGAUGUCUUGGACGCUGUGUCCGCUGCCCGUAAGGAGAAAGAAGUCGUCGAACAGCAACUCGCCCAAGACAAAGCAGAUGCGGAGGCGAUCGAAGCUAAACCGAAAAAAGCGCACAAACCCGCGACCCACGUCCGUCGAUUUGGAACCAUUCAGGUCACGACGUUGAAUGCUCCCACUCCGGCGGCAGAUGUACUCACGGACUCCGCCAAGGCGUUCUUGGUCCAACGCACUGCCCCUGGGCGGCCCCGUUCCAAGUCUCGUAUUUUGCAUCUUCCCCAUUCGCAAGAAGACAUCAUCAUGGUCCAAGUCACCCCUGUCGCGCGUCGCCCGAUCAUCAAGAAGAAGGUGACCAAGUUCAAGCGCCACCAGAGCAACCGCUUCAAGCGCGUGUCUGAAUCGUGGCGCAAGCCCAAGGGUAUCGAUGGUCGCGUCCGUCGCCGCUUCAAGGGUGCCAUCCGCAUGCCCAACGUCGGGUACGGCUCCAACACCAAGACCAAGCACUUGUUGCCCAACGGCUUCUACAAGUUCACGGUCCGCAACGUCGCCGAACUUGACAUGUUGCUCAUGCACAACCGCAAGUACUGCGCCGAAGUCGCGCACAACGUGUCUGGCCGCAAGCGCAAGGAGAUCUUGACCCGCGCCGAGCAACUCAACAUCCGCGUGACCAACCCCAACGCCCGUGUCCGCGCUGAAGAAGCCGAAUAA